AUGGAGCAGGGCCCACCGCAAAAUCCUUACACUUUCACACGAGAGGAUUAUGACAACUUGGUGGCUAAGAUGCCUAACUGUCAAAUUAGUAAACGCUCAAAGUACGAGGAGAUUGAAUUAGUGGACGACUGUACAUUAUUUGAAAUAUACCGCCAGCCGCGGGCUCCCAUAACGGAUCCAAAUGCGACCAGAACGCUAUCAAUUCGACAGCUCAAUGCUGAUCUCACGUGUCCCAUCUGCCUAGGAAUUAUUAAGAUGGCGAUGGUAGUUAUGGAGUGUCUACAUCGCUUCUGUAGUGACUGUAUCUCCACUGCCAUCCGCCAGAGUAAGCGCGAGUGUCCAUCAUGUCGCAUUCACAUUCCGUCAAAGCGUUCACUGCGACCCGAUACCAAUUUUGAUGCGCUUAUUUGCAAAAUUUAUCCAAACUUGGCCGAAUUUGAGCGCAAUGAGGACCAGAUCAUUGAGCAAAUUAAUCGGUCUCGACAUUUCAACAACGCUUACACAGAGAGCACACGAAUGGGUGUGCUCAGUCAGGCCGCGACACGGCGUCAGGGUCGGAAAAAAGUAGAAGACACUACGUCGAGUUUAUCAUCGCGUCCGUCGUCGCCGUCAAGCAUAGCAUCGCUACCUGUUGGAGACAAGCGGAGCUCGUCUGAUAACAGCUCAACUUCAGCUACAGUCUCUGAAGAGGAAUCAGCUCGUAAAAAGCUCAAAGUUGCUCCAUCUACGUCCAAACCUAUCGACACAAUAACUGAUCGUGUUCACUUUCGAGUGUUACUUCAUUCAGAAGCACAGUCGAAUUCGCCGAAAUUAGAGCGCACGCUCUUCACGACGUCAGCGAGACUUAAGAUUCGUCACUUGAAGAAACACUUGGCUUCACUGCUCAAAUUAGACAAGUACGAUAACAUGUGCAUCGUACUACCAAACGUAAAUUGCACGCUUAGUGGGCUGAGUGAGUCAGUGAAGCACAAAAAGAGUGUUGCGAUUCGAAAAGAUUUGCUAUGUGACCAAGAGCUGGAGGAUUUUGUGCUUUUGAAAGAUAUUUAUGAGCAAUACGGUAUGGGCAUGGCAUGGGAACUACGGCUUUUGUACCAUUUUUCCCCAGGCACAAUCGUUAAUGGCAUUGCACAAUUUGUUUCUGCAUCGGCCAAAAGUACUUGA